CUCCGAAGCCCCUGGGAGCCGCGCCCCAGUAUUUUCUUCUCGAAGGUCACUCCGUUUUCCUCCAGGCUCGGGCGCCCCGGAACCCCGGGGGCUGCUAAGCUGAGGGGGCGCCCGAGCUGCGAGAAUCCGGGCUGCCCGCGAGACGAGGAGCGGGCACCCAGGAUGGGGUGCAUGAAGUCCAAGUUCCUCCGGUCAGGAGGCAAGGUCUCAAAAACUGAGCCCAGUUCCACCCAGCAGAGCCCCACGUACGUGCCGGAUCCCACGUCCUCGGGCAAGCGGGGGUUUAACAGCAACAGCAAACUGCCAGGGUCCUCAGAGGCAGGUGCUGAGGACUUUGUUGUGGUUGCCCUGUAUGAUUAUGAAGCCAUUCACCGUGAAGACCUCAGCUUCCAGAAGGGGGACCAGAUGGUGGUCCUGGAAGAGUCUGGGGAAUGGUGGAGGGCUCGAUCCCUGGUCACCCAGAAAGAAGGCUAUAUCCCGAGCAAUUAUGUCGCCCGCGUUAACUCUCUGGAGACAGAAGAGUGGUUCUUCAAGGGCAUCAGCCGCAAGGAUGCAGAGCGUCAGCUCCUGGCCCCCGGCAACAUGCUGGGCUCCUUCAUGAUCCGAGACAGUGAGACCACCAAAGGCAGCUACUCUUUGUCCAUACGAGACUACGACCCCCAGCACGGGGAUGCGGUGAAGCAUUACAAGAUCCGGACCCUGGAUGGCGGGGGCUUCUACAUAUCCCCACGGAGCACCUUCAGCACCCUGCACGAGUUGGUGGCCCACUACAAGAAGGGGAAAGAUGGGCUCUGCCAGAAGCUGACAGUACCCUGCGUGUCCUCCAAGCCCCAGAAGCCAUGGGAGAAAGAUGCCUGGGAGAUCCCCCGGGAGUCCCUCAAGUUGGAGAAGAAACUUGGAGCUGGCCAGUUUGGGGAAGUCUGGAUGGCCACCUACAACAAGCACACCAAGGUGGCUGUAAAGACGAUGAAGCCAGGGAGCAUGUCAGUGGAGGCCUUUCUGGCAGAGGCCAACGUGAUGAAGACUCUGCAGCAUGACAAGCUGGUGAAGCUGCACGCAGUGGUGACAGAGGAGCCCAUCUACAUCAUCACGGAGUUCAUGGCAAAAGGCAGCCUGCUGGACUUUUUGAAAAGUGAAGAAGGCAGCAAGCAGCCCUUGCCCAAACUCAUCGACUUCUCAGCCCAGGACUGGCCCCAGGCUGGGCCGAGCCUGAGGAUAUGGGUGUCUCUGUUUUGGGGGGAGAUUGCAGAAGGCAUGGCGUUCAUCGAGCAGAGGAACUACAUUCAUCGAGACCUUCGAGCCGCCAAUAUCUUGGUCUCUGCAUCCCUGGUGUGUAAGAUUGCCGACUUCGGCCUGGCACGGGUUAUUGAGGACAAUGAGUACACGGCUCGCGAAGGGGCCAAGUUCCCCAUCAAGUGGACAGCUCCUGAAGCCAUCAAUUUUGGCUCCUUCACCAUCAAGUCAGAUGUCUGGUCCUUUGGUAUCUUGCUGACAGAGAUUGUCACCUACGGCCGGAUCCCUUACCCAGGGAUGUCGAACCCUGAGGUGAUCCGGGCACUGGAGCAUGGAUACCGGAUGCCUCGACCAGAGCACUGUCCUGAGGAGCUCUACAACAUCAUGACACGCUGCUGGAAGAACCGCCCAGAGGAGAGGCCCACUUUUGAAUAUAUCCAGAGUGUGCUGGAUGACUUCUACACGGCCACCGAGAGCCAGUACCAACAGCAGCCGUGAGGGGGCAGGGCCAGAACAGGACCAGGGGCAGAGUGGUGACUGGGGGCGUGGCUCCAGCACAGUCUGCCGCUGCCCAUUCACCCUUCCCACGCCCAAACACCCACUCCCUUUGAAGCCACAGUUUCUUCAUCUGUCAAGUGGGUGAGUUGAACUGGACAAUCUCUUUUUAACUCUAGAAAUGCAUAAUCUGCGAUUCCCAGGAGACCCUAAGCUGAUAUUGCUAUUGCCGGGGACAGUUGGAUGUCAGUCACAGCUAUGGUUUGGAGGGGAAACGUCAAAAAUAAUAAAACAAGUAUUUAAAUA